CCCUGGGCGUCACGGUUGCCGUCGACUCCCGCGCCACGGCGGGUUCUUACAUCGCCUCCCAAUCCGUGCUCAAAGUCCUCCCCAUCAACGCUCGCAUCCUGGGCACCAUGGCGGGCGGCGCCGCCGACUGCUCCUUCUGGCAGCGCCUGGUGGCUCGCCAGUGCCGCGUGCAGGAGCUGCGCAACAAAGAGCCCGUCUCGGUGGCCGCCGCCUCCAAGCUGCUGGCCAACCUCGUCUACCAGUACAAAGGCAUGGGGCUCAGCCUGGGAACCAUGGUGUGCGGAUGGGACAAGCGCGGGCCCGGCCUGUACUACGUGGACAGCGAAGGGCAGCGCGUUGCCGGCUCCGCCUUCGCCGUCGGCUCGGGCUCCUCUUACGCUUACGGCGUCCUGGACCGGGGGCUCUGUAGCCCGGUGGCCACCGAGGCCGAGGCGGCGGCGCUGGCGCGGAGGGCGAUUUACCAGGCGGCGCGCAGGGACGCGUACUCGGGGGGAACCGUGCGCGUUUUCCACGUGGGGCCCCGCGGGUGGAGGGAGGUGACGGCCGAGAACGUGGCCGAGCUGCAGGACAGGUUCGGGGACUGA